CGUUCCAUUUCUCUCUCUCCCUCUCCACCCGCUCCUUCCUCCCGUUAGGAUCCGGAAGGGUUUCACUGCUCUCCAGAUCUACUGCUUUCUUCGCCGGAACUCUAGCCCUAGCGGAGCUCCACGAUCCACUCGCCAUGGCUGCGGCCAACGCCCCGAUCGCCAUGAGGGAGGCGCUCACUCUCCCGAGUAUUGGGAUAAACCCGCAAUUCAUCACCUUCACGCACGUUACGAUGGAAUCAGAUAAGUAUAUUUGCGUGAGGGAGACAUCCCCGGCGAACAGCGUUGUGAUUAUUGAUAUGAGCAUGCCGAUGCAGCCGCUGAGGAGGCCCAUCACUGCUGAUUCGGCUUUGAUGAACCCCAACAGCAGGAUUCUUGCUCUCAAAGCUCAACUACCUGGCACCACACAAGACCACUUGCAAAUCUUCAAUAUUGAGGCGAAAACCAAAAUUAAAUCUCAUCAGAUGCCAGAGCAGGUUGUCUUCUGGAAGUGGAUCACUCCAAAGAUGUUGGGGCUUGUUACACAAUCUUCUGUGUAUCAUUGGUCGAUUGAGGGCGACUCGGAGCCUGUGAAGAUGUUUGAUAGAACUGCUAAUUUGACAAAUAAUCAAAUUAUCAACUAUCGAUGUGACCCCACUGAAAAAUGGUUAGUUUUGAUUGGAAUUGCACCUGGUGCCCCAGAGCGGCCACAAUUGGUAAAAGGAAAUAUGCAGCUUUUUUCUGUGGACCAGCAGCGUAGUCAGGCACUUGAAGCACAUGCUGCUUCAUUUGCAACUUUCAAGGUUGCAGGAAAUGACAAAGAAUCUAUUCUGAUCUGCUUUGCUUCAAAGACCUCUAAUGCUGGACAGAUUUCAUCAAAGCUGCACGUCAUUGAACUUGGUGCCCAGCCAGGCAAGCCAGGAUUUUCGAAGAAACAAGCAGAUCUGUUCUUCCCACCUGAUUUUGCAGAUGACUUUCCAGUAGCCAUGCAGAUAUCACACAAGUACAGUUUGAUAUAUGUGAUCACAAAGCUGGGUCUUCUGUUUGUAUACGAUUUGGAGACAGCUACUGCUGUAUACAGAAACCGAAUCAGCCCUGACCCCAUCUUUCUCACGGCAGAAGCUUCAACAGUUGGUGGGUUUUAUGCUAUUAAUAGAAGAGGGCAGGUUCUUCUUGCAACAGUUAAUGAAGCAACUCUAGUGCCUUUUGUUAGUGGCCAGCUGAACAAUCUGGAGCUUGCCGUAAAUCUUGCCAAACGUGGAAACCUUCCUGGGGCUGAAAAUUUGGUUGUGCAGAGGUUUCAAGAACUAUUCUCGCAAACUAAAUAUAAGGAAGCUGCAGAACUUGCUGCUGAAUCUCCACAAGGCAUCUUAAGAACACCUGAGACUGUGGCAAAAUUUCAGAGUGUUCCUGUUCAAGCUGGGCAGACACCCCCUUUACUUCAGUAUUUUGGGACGUUGUUAACUAAGGGAAAACUCAAUGCAUUUGAGUCUCUAGAAUUAUCUCGCCUUGUGGUCAAUCAAAACAAGAAAAAUCUUUUGGAGAAUUGGUUGGCAGAGGACAAGCUUGAGUGCAGUGAAGAACUUGGAGAUCUUGUGAAGACUGUAGACAAUGAUCUUGCUUUGAAGAUCUAUAUAAAAGCAAGGGCAACUCCAAAAGUUGUUGCCGCUUUUGCUGAGCGGAGAGAGUUUGACAAGAUUCUUAUAUACUCAAAGCAGGUUGGGUAUACACCAGAUUAUCUUUUUCUUCUGCAGACAAUUCUAAGAACAGAUCCACAGGGUGCUGUGAAUUUUGCUCUAAUGAUGUCUCAAAUGGAGGGUGGAUGUCCUGUUGAUUACAAUACAAUAACAGAUCUUUUCCUCCAGAGAAACUUGAUUAGAGAGGCAACAGCUUUUCUUUUGGAUGUUUUGAAACCAAAUUUACCUGAGCAUGCCUUCCUUCAAACUAAGGUUUUGGAGGUUAAUUUAGUCACAUACCCCAAUGUUGCUGAUGCUAUAUUGGCUAACGGCAUGUUUAGUCACUAUGAUCGUCCGCGGAUUGCUCAGCUUUGUGAAAAGGCUGGCCUGUACAUGCGUGCGCUUCAGCAUUAUUCGGAGUUGCCCGAUAUCAAACGGGUUAUUGUCAACACACAUGCGAUUGAACCUCAGGCUCUGGUCGAGUUUUUUGGGACCCUUUCAAGGGAGUGGGCAUUAGAGUGCAUGAAAGAUCUUCUUCUGGUUAACCUGAGAGGAAAUCUCCAAAUAAUUGUUCAGGCUGCAAAAGAAUAUUCUGAGCAGUUAGGCGUGGAUUCAUGCAUUAAACUUUUUGAGCAAUUUAAGUCCUAUGAAGGUCUUUACUUCUUUUUGGGAUCCUAUUUGAGCUCCAGCGAAGAUCCAGAUAUACACUUCAAGUAUAUUGAGGCAGCAGCAAAAACUGGUCAGAUUAAAGAAGUUGAAAGAGUGACUAGAGAAUCCAACUUUUAUGAUCCUGAGAAGACAAAGAAUUUCUUAAUGGAAGCCAAACUUCCUGAUGCACGGCCACUUAUUAAUGUCUGCGAUCGUUUUGGUUUUGUUCCGGAUUUGACACACUACUUGUACACAAAUAACAUGCUUCGAUAUAUUGAGGGAUAUGUGCAGAAAGUUAACCCCGGCAAUGCUCCUCUGGUGGUUGGACAACUGCUGGAUGAUGAGUGUCCUGAGGAUUUCAUCAAGGGUCUUAUUCUUUCAGUCCGUUCUCUUCUUCCAGUUGAACCUCUUGUGGAACAAUGUGAGAAAAGGAAUCGUCUUCGGCUACUCACACAGUUUUUGGAGCAUCUUGUGAGUGAAGGAAGUCAAGAUGUGCAUGUUCACAAUGCUUUGGGAAAGAUCAUUAUAGACAGCAACAAUAACCCAGAGCAUUUUCUUACAACUAACCCAUACUAUGAUUCCCGUGUUGUCGGUAAAUACUGUGAGAAGCGGGAUCCUACCCUUGCAGUUGUUGCAUAUAGAAGAGGACAAUGCGAUGAUGAGCUCAUUAAUGUUACAAAUAAGAACUCUUUGUUCAAAUUGCAGGCCAGAUAUGUUGUGGAGAGAAUGGAUGGUGAUUUGUGGGAGAAAGUCCUCCAACCUGAUAAUGAAUAUAGAAGACAACUGAUUGAUCAAGUUGUUUCUACUGCACUGCCUGAAAGCAAGAGCCCAGAGCAAGUUUCUGCUGCUGUUAAAGCUUUCAUGACUGCUGAUCUCCCACAUGAAUUAAUUGAGCUACUUGAAAAGAUUGUUCUUCAAAACUCCGCAUUCAGUGGAAAUUUCAAUCUGCAAAACCUGCUGAUUUUAACAGCUAUCAAAGCAGAUCCUUCUAGGGUUAUGGAUUACAUCAACAGGUUGGAUAAUUUUGAUGGGCCUGCAGUUGGGGAGGUGGCUGUGGAAGCUCAAUUGUAUGAGGAAGCUUUUGCCAUAUUUAAAAAGUUCAAUUUGAAUGUCCAAGCUGUCAAUGUUCUCCUUGAUAAUAUCCGUAGCAUAGAACGAGCUGUGGAAUUUGCCUUCCGUGUUGAAGAAGAUGCUGUUUGGAGCCAGGUAGCUAAGGCUCAAUUGCGGGAAGGGCUUGUUAGUGAUGCAAUUGAGUCCUUCAUCCGUGCAGAUGAUGCAACUCAGUUCUUGGAUGUUAUUCAUGCGGCUGAGGAUGCUAAUGUCUACCAUGACUUGGUGAAGUAUCUACUGAUGGUGAGGCAAAAAACUAAAGAACCGAAGGUGGAUGGUGAACUUAUUUAUGCAUAUGCGAAGAUUGACAGGCUGGGUGAAAUAGAAGAGUUCAUUCUUAUGCCAAAUGUUGCUAAUCUCCAAAAUGUUGGUGAUAGAUUAUAUGACGGUGAACUGUAUGAGGCGGCUAAGAUUAUAUUUGCCUUCAUUUCGAACUGGGCCAAACUAGCUAGUACACUGGUUAAGUUAAAGCAAUUUCAGGGGGCUGUUGAUGCAGCUCGUAAAGCUAACAGUUCGAAGACAUGGAAGGAGGUCUGCUUUGCUUGUGUGGAUGCUGAGGAGUUCCGCUUGGCUCAAAUAUGCGGGCUAAAUAUCAUCAUACAGGUUGAUGACCUGGAAGAGGUUAGUGAGUAUUAUCAGAACAGAGGAUGCUUCAACGAACUGAUCUCUCUUAUGGAGAGUGGUCUUGGUCUUGAACGGGCUCACAUGGGUAUCUUUACAGAGCUGGGGGUUCUGUAUGCUAGAUAUCGCCCGGAGAAACUUAUGGAGCACAUCAAACUUUUCUCGACUCGUCUUAACAUUCCUAAGCUUAUUCGUGUUUGUGAUGAACAACAACACUGGAAGGAACUUACUUAUCUGUACAUUCAGUAUGAUGAGUUUGAUAAUGCUGCAACAACAAUUAUGAAUCAUUCUCCAGAUGCAUGGGAUCACAUGCAGUUCAAAGAUGUUUCGGUCAAAGUUGCUAAUGUCGAACUCUACUACAAGGCAGUGCAUUUCUAUUUGCUGGAACAUCCUGACCUUAUUAAUGAUCUUCUUAAUGUGCUUGCUCUUCGUGUGGACCAUACACGUGUGGUGGAUAUAAUGAGGAAGGCUGGUCACUUGCAUCUUGUGAAACCAUAUAUGGUUGCAGUACAGAGUAACAAUGUCUCUGCUGUAAAUGAAGCCCUCAAUGAAAUUUACAUUGAGGAGGAGGACUAUGAUAGACUUCGUGAAUCAGUUGACAUGCAUGAUAACUUUGAUCAAAUAGGUCUCGCACAGAAGAUUGAAAAGCAUGAGCUUCUUGAGAUGAGACGAAUUGCCGCAUAUAUUUAUAAGAAGGCUGGGAGAUGGAAGCAAUCCAUUGCCUUGUCCAAGAAAGACAAUUUAUACAAAGAUGCUAUGGAGACAUGCUCUCAGUCUGGUGAUCGUGAGCUGUCUGAAGAAUUGCUUGUUUAUUUUAUCGAGCAGGGGAAGAAGGAAUGCUUUGCAUCUUGUCUCUUUAUCUGCUAUGACUUAAUCAGGCCUGAUGUUGCUUUGGAGCUUGCCUGGAUGAACAAUAUGAUUGACUUUGCUUUCCCAUACCUCUUGCAGUUUAUCCGUGAGUACACUGGCAAAGUGGAUGAACUGGUGAAAGAUAAGCUUGAGGCACAAAUGGAAGUCAAGGCUAAAGAAAAGGAAGAGAAGGAUUUGGUUUCCCAGCAGAAUAUGUACGCACAAUUGCUGCCCCUAGCAUUGCCAGCCCCGCCCAUGCCAGGCAUGGGCGGAAGCACCGGAAUGGGUGGACCAUUCGCCGUCCCGCCUCCCAUGGGUGGAAUGGGGAUGCCUCCGAUGCCACCAUUUGGCAUGCCGCCAAUGGGAAGCUACUAAGAACAAUCAGAUUUUUUUUUUUUGUGACAAUGUGAUGAUGAAUGAUCAAGAUUCCUUCCUUAUAAAGCAGCUGUGAAUUUUGUUAUAUUUCUAUUCUUUGCCAUCAUCGCUGAGGCCUGUUUGAGGAUUUCACCCGGUUCCCAAUUCUCAACAUGUAGAGGAGAGGUUCUUGAGUUGUUGGAUUUGGGGGGGGUCGUGCUCACCUGUAGAGUGCUUUUUUGUAUAGUUCCCCCCAGUUAUAUAUUCCUGUAGUAGACAUUUGUCCCUUUGCCCUUUGGGAUCUCUAUUCAACUUAUGUAUUUUUCCCCCUAUUGUUCGCCAACUUUUUUUUUUUUUGGUUUCUCUUUGCUCAGUGUUGUGCCCUUUCACCCCGUCUUCGGAAGUCAGAUACCUUUUGGUGGCUACCACAAAAAACAAUGUAUAUUGCAUUGAUUUAUGUUUUAUUGUUUUUUUUUAGCUGUUGAGUUUUUAA